GGGGAGAAGCCAACACAACCCUGAGCAUUUUGUUCACAAAAGUUAAGGGGUCUUGGAGGGUGGGGUAUUUAAAGUGAAUUUUGCUUUUUAAUGUCGCCGCUGUUUUUUGUGGUUGUUGUUGCUGUUUUUAAUAAGGAAUUACGUUUGGAUACUUGCAAGAUACUUCCUCGGUAUAAUUGUUCUUUGCAUUGUUUUUCAACAGGGCUUCCUCAGUCUCUGAAUGAAGACUUUGGGCGGUGGGCGGAGACAGAGGUGCAGACACACUCCAGGCUACAAUUUGCCCCUUACUCUUCUAAAACUGCUGGGAGGAAUGUCUCUAGCUCACACCGCAGGCCAUCUUUUGCUGAUACUGCAGCUGAUAGAACCCAGGAAGACUCUGGGCAAUGCCCCACUCUCUGUGCCUCAACCUCACUGUCAAAUCUCAGUGCAGACCAGGACAGCCUUGGUGUCAAAUCCAGGGCUCCACGGACACAAAGCCUUUCCUCCAGUAUGACAGUGACAGCAACAAGGUCAGACCUUUGGGUUUCCUGGGGGAGGAGGUAAACGACACCAAAGCAUGGACUGAAUUGAGCCAGACGCUGGGAAAAGCAGGAAGAGAGCUCAGGAUGGUCCUGCCUGUCAUCAAACUGGACAAAAAGGAGAUGAGGGGUCCUCCCUCCCUGCAGGUCAGGCUGUGUUGUCAGUGUGAAGCUGAGCAAUGCUCUGGUGGGUCCAUGCUCUUCAGCCUCGAUGGACGGACAGCCCUCCUCCUUGACACCAUGAGCAUAACCUGGACAGUCAUCGAUCCUGGAGCCACAGGCCUCAAGGAGGAGUGGGAGAACAACCAGGAACUGGCAGAGUAUUUCAGGAAGAUCUCAACGGGAGACUGCAGUUAUUGGCUUAGGGAAUUCCUGGAACACUGGGAGAACAUGCUGCUCCCAGAGCCCACAGGAGAGAGAAAUGUGGACAUGCAAAGAAGAGACAGAUACAGGGAGACAAGACCCACGGGAAGAGUGUCAUGGAAGGACAGAAAUAGACACGAGCUCCGCAACGCCAAGGGUUUCCGGGAACCACAGAGCUGUGCACGGUACCUCGGUCGUGUCUGCCUCUUUGCGGCCCCAUGGACUGCAGCCCACCAGGCUCCUCUGUCCAUGGAUUCUCCAGGCAAGCAUACUGGGGUGCGUCGCCGUUUCCUUCUCCAUGCAACCACCAGUAGUCAGGAAAAGAAAAGAUGGAGCCUCCCUUAGAGCCUUCAGAGAGGGCCCUACUGACAUCUUGAU